UAAACAUUGAUUCAUGUUUUGCAGAAGCUGUUCUGGACCCUAUAAUUCAGAAAAGUACCGAGGAAAUGAAGAGCGAAUAUAUAGGAAUGAUAAUAGGAAUUUCCAUAGGUGUGAUUGUUGGAGUGCUGUUAGCUGUUUUCUCACUGCUCUUUAUUAGGUUUAGGAGGAAACAUGCUCAAGUCCAUCGUAGCAGUAGUGAUCAAAGAGGUGUGACCAUCCCCAUUCGUUUCAAUGGUGUUGAUUCAAGUGUAAUACUUUCAGAUUCCACUAUUGGUCAUGAGUCACCUCCAGCAGCUAGACACAAUGGUCUUUCCUUGUGGUGGGAAGGACACACCAAGAAUAUGGUAGCAUCAGCUUCAGGGAUUCUAAGAUAUCCAUACAAGGACCUCCAGAAGGCUACACAAAAUUUUACAACAGUUAUAGGACAGGGGGCCUUUGGCCCAGUUUACAAAGCUACGAUGCCAUCUGGUGAAAUAGUAGCAGUGAAAUCUCUUUCUACAGAUUCAAAACAAGGGGAGCAAGAGUUCCAGACAGAGGUUUCCCUGCUAGGAAGGUUACAUCAUAGAAAUCUUGUAAAUCUGCUUGGAUAUUGUGUGGAUAAAGGUCACCGCAUGCUGAUCUAUGUGUACAUGAGUAAUGGCAGUCUUGCACACCAUCUGUACAAUGAGCAUGUGGAGCCAUUAAGCUGGGAUCUGAGGGUCUAUAUAGCCCAAGAUAUAUCAAGGGGAAUUGAAUAUCUUCAUGAUGGGGCAGUACCACCAGUAGUGCAUCGGGAUAUAAAAUCUCCAAAUAUUUUGUUGGACCGUUCUAUGAGAGCCAGGGUAGCUGAUUUUGGGCUUUCGAAGGAGGAAAAGUUUGAUGGUCGUUCUUCAGGUCUCAAGGGGACAUUUGGCUAUGUUGAUCCUGAAUAUGUAUCGUCAAAAAAUUAUACAAAGAACAGUGAUGUAUACAGCUUUGGCAUUCUUCUUUUUGAACUGAUUGCAGCAAGGAAUCCACAACAAGGGCUCAUGGAUUACAUAAAUCUUGCUGCAAUUAGUGCAGAUGGAAAAGCUGGGUGGGAGGAAAUAGUUGAUGCACGGUUGAAUGGGAAAUAUAAUAUUGAAGAAGUCAGGUCCGUAGCUGCUAUUGCUUACAAAUGUGUGCAAAAAAAUCCAAGGAAACGACCAACUAUGAGAGAUAUUGCACAGGAUCUAUCAAGGAUAAAUGAGUAUAGACACACUACUAACAAUAAUAGGGAAACUGUUUCUACUGUGGAGGAGGAAAGUUUUCAAGAUAUGGAAAAUAGAGAGCUUACCAAAAUUGAUUUUGACAAGACAGAUGGCAUGGCAAAGGCACUGUAUGUUUAAGUGCUUGUGCUAAAACACGUUGAAGUGUAUGUUUAAGUGCUUGUUUCCCCUGCAGCUGAUUAUGUAACCAUUUUGCACUUACAAUGAAGUAGCAAUUUGCAGUUUCUUCAUCAAAGGAAAAAAAUUGUAUAUUAUUCAGAAAUAACAUUCCAUUUUCAGAACGGAACAUUUUUUAAUAUAUUCUCCAUUGAUGAAUAGAAUAUCAAAAUCUGUAUAUUUCUGAUACAAAAUAUCUACAUCCAAUAUGUCAUGUUGUAUUAUGACAUAAUUAAGGCACUUAAGUGUGCCCAUCUGGAGGUAACAUGUCACAGUGUCCGAUGUCCAUGUUCCUUUGUAUUGAUCUACAAUUGUUAAAUGUAGAUCAUUUUCUUUUUGUAAUGUUUUUUAAGGGUUGGAUUUGGGCCAACUUAAUCAAUCAGAGCAGCAAGAUGACAAAUAAAAGAGUAGAAUAAGGAGCAUCAAACAACAGACAGCAAGAAGUUAACUUAAUAUAUAAGUAAAAGGUGAGUUGUUCCUUUUUUCCCCCAUUCACCAGAACAACAAAGAGCAAAGAUAAAGGGCAGACAUCAGAGCAGCAAGCUGACAAAUAAAAGAGCACAAUAAGGAGAAUUUGGAACAUCAAACAACAGACAGCAAGAAGUUAGCACGAAAGAUUUUCGCCUAAAACUCAGUUCACUUUUCCACCUUGCAAGCAUGGUUUUCAUUGAUGAUUUCCCCAAUGGUAGAACCAAUGUAAAUAACUGCCUCCAAUUGCUAAAAGGAUUAAGUCUCUUUAAAGUUCCACUUGGGUUAAGCUAUAGAAAAUUUGCGCUUGGCGUCAUCAUCCCAAAGUUUCGCUUAUCAUUCAGAAAAAAGGCUAAGUUAAUGAAGAUUUCUGCCUCAUCUUGGACGCUAAAUACUUUUGUCAUGGUAGGGUUAUGUAAAAUUUCUUCCUCACUUAACAAGUGGUAACGAUACCAGAAAAUUGUGCCUAGGUGCACAUAUAAGAUGGCAAAACCAAUAAAAAGUUCCGCUUAAGCUUAAGAAUGGGGAUAAGUCAACAAAGGCACGUACCAACUUUUGCCUUGACGUAGACCCUCCUAGUGUGCACUAUCUCUACUGAAACCCAGAGUAAGCAAUCCUAGCACACACUAGGCUUGCUCAACCAACACAAGGUUCUGCCUUGCUUUGACUGUGACAAACUUAACUCAAAAUUUUUCCUGGGUGCACAUUUGGCAUGGCGUAGCUGCCUGGAAGUUACUACCUCAUAUAUGUUGGCUAAUACAUCUAAAGUAAGAGAUUGAUUUGUUUUAUGACAGCUUUAAGUGAUACGAGGAUGAAAAUAAAUUCUUGGGUCUACCAUUGAUAGGGUUUUUCCCAUUUGAAUACUAUAUCAAUUUAUAUUGUAAACUUAUGAUAUAUGAUAGGAUCAAAAGCAUUGUGAGUGUGGUUUGGUUUAGGGUAUGUUGUUGAUGUAGGUUUCCAAUCUUUAUAGGUAGUAAAGACAUAACAUUCAAUUGUA